GCUCCAAGGAAGGGGAGUCGUACGGGAAUAAAGCAGCAGCCAAGCCGCUGCAAUAGUGGCGGCCGGCGACGACGACGAUGGAGGAUGGUGGGCGAUGGCAACCGGCGGUGGUUCAUUCAGCUCCAAUACUGCAAUUUUCAUCAUCUCCUUCAACAAUUGGGCGAUCAAAUCCAUGCUCAAAUCAGAGAUUAUAAUAUACGCACCUUCGAAGAAGUUUUGGAAGAAAAUAAUUUUUAUUUAGUGAUGAAAGUCAAGGUAUUGCGCAAUUUCCAAAGCACAAAGACUACGAAUCACCUUUGCAUGCUGCAACUUUUUGGAAAGACCAAGAUUCAAAAGCUAUCGGAAAAUGGAUUUCCCCAUUUCUGAUACAACUUUAGGAGUUUUGAAGAUAUUCACAAAAUGAGCUUUGGUGACACACUGUCCUUUUAGUUGAUGCAAUCGGGAAAGUUGUUUGCCGAACCCCGCUUGAAACCCGAAUGGUAAACCAUGCUCCGGAGCAAAUAAUGAAAGUUACAUUGGAGGGCCACAACAAUUGGAUUGCGAGUAUUGGCGACGGGAACGCAUGGGAUGAACAAGACGGAUAUGUUGAGGAGCGUGCAAUUUUGGCUCCUACAUUUGAUGUUGUCGAUUCCAUAACUGAAUAUAUGACCGCGAUGAAUCCAAGCAGCAAAUCUCGAACAUACCUUAGUUCUAACAGGUUCAUGGACUUCUUAGCCCCAUAAGUUGGACAUUUUCCUUAAGAUUUGUUAUUGAGUGAUUGUUGUGAGGUGCGUUUGUUUGUUAUUUUCAUAAAUUUAAGGUUUUUUA